AUGCCGCUGAGCAAGCUGGCCUGGAUGGCGCAGGAGGCGACCGAGCCCGCGCAAAAGAAGCAGCUGACGGAGGCGCUGGAAGAGCUCGUGGUUGCGUUGGCCAAGCUGGCGCUGACAGACGAGGCGGAGCUGCGAAGCUUGAUCGGCGCGGUGCACGACACGUGGCUCGCCCCGAUCAGCGCGCCCAUCGUGGAGAAGGCCUUGGAGGAGAAUCAGGCGUUCAACAGCGAGGCCCAGACGCAGAGGGAGCUCGAGAAGGAGGCCCAGAGGGCGGGCAAGCCGUUCGACAAGGUCUCGAUGUGCGCGCCGUUUCUGAAAGUCUUCUCCGCGCUUAUUUUCGGGGCCUGUCAGCCGCUGAACGAGGGGGGGAAGGAGCCGCCGAAGGAGGCGGCGGCGUGCAUGAAGCUGUGGGAGACGGUGGUGGCCCCGUGCAAGGACCCCAACGAGCUGCACAAGUACGCCCGCUUCUGCAAGGCGAAGCGCGUCAAGACGAAGAACAAGAACAACCAGGAGCAUGCCAAGGUGCAGUUCUUGCUGGACGGCACCGCGGAGGUGGCGAGCCAGGUCUUGAGCAGCCUGCGGGCCGUCCUUCAGGCGCAGGGGGGCACGAAGACCAUAGGCGGGGCUCCCAGGGGCGUCCUGGUGCGCGAGGCUCAGAGGCUCCUCGACACGAUCAAGUAG